AUGUCCAAAUUACACGAUUGGACACCAGACGAAGAUGACUAUUUAACACAGGGAAAUGCAAUAUGUCCAGGUGACUUUCGAAAAAUGGUAACUUUGUUUCAUUUCAAACCAAAUCACACUCCUCAAGAUUUACAAGAUCACUGGAGGGAUAUGAUUGAAAAUCCACUCUCUGAUGAUCAAGAUAUCAUAGGCAAAUUAAAAUCAUCACAGAACAAGUUUAAAGGCAACGUUUAUCAUUAUUCAGAAGAAUAUGAAUACGAUUUUCCAAAUUCAAAAGAAAUAGAAGAAAUUUUCUCAGCGAUUCCUUCUCUAGCAGCGAAAACCCUAUCUCCUGAGAUGCAAACAAAGAACAUUGAGUCACAAAAUAUCAAUUCUUUGUCAUUACAUUGCUAUUUUUCUGCAGAACGCGUUGAAAAGUUAGUCAGUGAUGCAUUUAAUAGAGUUGUAGAUGAUGAAAACCUCAGAAUUACGUUGCAUAGGACUUUUAAACGAAAUUUAAUUGAUCGUGGUCGAAAAAUAACAGUAGAAAACAUAUCACGUAUCUUAAACGACAUUUCUAAGAUGGAUGAUGCAACAGCAGAUACAGAAUGCCAAAUUAUUGAACUAGAUUUUGAGAAUAUGUUGAUUUCUGUACAGAGAAAACUACAAUCUGGCAUUACACCUAGAAUGUAUGAUGCAAAUAUGCAAGAAUUAAUCGAUGCUUUCAAUACUUUAAAGGCAAUUUCGUCAAAAGUUACUUGGCCAGCGAAUUUGAAUGCACCUUUAGCAAAACUUCGCGAAAACAUCAUUGUUAAGACCGCAAAACUUUACGCUUAUUUCCUUUUUUCGUAUUGUACAGAUCCAUCAAAGAUUCAACGUUAUUCAACGUUUAUAGAGGCUGCAGCUAGGAAUGAUCCAAAUAACCUACUCGAAUCUUACGCUCCUGCUCAUCUGAAAGCUCACAUCGCUCAAUUGAAGCAAGGAUUCGCAAACCAACCAAAUUUGUAA